AUGGGUGCAACAGGGUACUUCCCCUACGAGCCGAGCAGCGUAGGCGCCAUUCUUGCAAUGUUGCUGUUUGGAGGGAGUGCCAUAUUCCACACGAUUCAAAUGACCAGGACCAGAACAUGGUUUUUCACUGCCUUCCUCGUCGGCGCAUAUAGUUACAUCUGCCGAUUGAUGUCAGCGCGUAAACCUGACAGUCUCGUUCCCUACAUCUUGCAGUCAAUGUUCAUUAUUCUCCCUCCGUCUCUCUACGCCGCCACUAUCUACAUGACAUACGGCCGGAUUGUCACAUAUAUCGGCAAACCACAUCUGUCAACCAUUAGUCCGCAGAAAGUAACCAAGGUCUUUGUUACCGGAGAUGUAGCAGCUUUCCUUCUCCAGCUAGCCGGCGGUGGGAUGCAGACAAUCAACAGCAUGCGCAGUCUCGGCGAAAAGAUCCUCAUCGUCGGUCUCUUCGUGCAGCUUCUCUUCUUCGGAUUCUUCUUAUACGUCUCUGGGAGUUUCCAGCUCCGGUUGCGGGACUGUGGAUACGGCUGGUCUGGUGGUGGUCAGUGGCGCCGGCUACUUCAUAUUCUCUUCCUGGUGUCUGCUUUGGUUAUUGUGCGGUGUGUUUUUCGCAUUAUUGAGUAUAUUCAAGGGACGGGUGGGUAUCUGUACUCGCAUGAGGUGUAUAUGUAUAUCUUCGAUUCUGUUCCGAUGUUCUUCGUGCAGGCUGUCUUUCACUUUUACCAUCCGGGGAACAUUUUUAUUGGGAAGACGCUGGAGGAUGAACAUCACAUUCUGCGAGAGGUGUGA